AAAUUUGUUCUUUUACUCGCGAUGUUAUUUUAAAAUAAAAAUGGAACACCGUAGUACAAUUGAUCAGAGAUAUUCUAGUGAUGUGAGUAACCGUGAGCGCGAUAUACCGUCGUUUAUUGAGCCUCGCCCUCCUUUAAUUUUGAAUCCUUUUAUGCGUCCUCGUCCGCAGAAAGGUACGAAUUUGUUGGAGUUGUUCGAAGAGGAUGAUUCGGUAGAGGAGGAGGUUCCGGAAUUGGUGCAAGUGUACUUGAGGCUGAAGCCGUCCAAUGUGCCUAGCAGUUUGUACGAGGUCCGGUCAGACCAGUGCCUCAUCACCUCAGUGGAUACGGCGACCGCGGGUCAUGGCCGUCGCACGCAGCACAAUGUGUGCAAAAUGUACAGUUUCUCACAUAUAUUUGGACCGGAUGCCAAUCAGAAUGAAAUUUUCGAGCAUGUAGUAAAAGGCAAUCUCCGCAAGCUCCCAGACGGGCACAGUUUCACCCUCCUUACAUAUGGAGCAUCAGGUUCUGGGAAGACGUACACACUCAUGGGUACCGUGAAGGCCCCGGGGCUGGUGCCACGGUCACUAGAGUAUGUGUUCAAGGUUGUGGAGGCUGCGCAGAUGCCGCUGUACCGGCCGGGGGAGAGCCGGGCUAACAAGCUUACUUUAGCUGAGCAGGAGUAUGAAUUACAGUGGGUUCGUAACCUAAGGCACUUGUCAGCGCCACUACGCGAGAAAUACCGGCGCAUGAGUACGAGACUCGUCAGUGACAUGAGUAGGAGUACUGUUGACCUCAGCAAGAGAACUAAGCAUUAUGUUUGGGUUUCAUUUGUAGAAAUCUACAACGAGGCCAUAUACGACUUGCUGGUGACGACCGAUCGUACUGCGGCGUCUAAACUGCGUAUUCGGGAAGAUCCCUCUGGCAAUGUUUAUGUUAAGGGAGCAACUCAGGCCUUCGUCCGCACAGGCGAAGAGGCCUACGACGUGAUGGUCGCUGGAAAGCAUAACCUGCAAGUACACGCCACGGGCGUCCACGCGCAGAGCUCCCGUAGCCACUGCAUAUUCACUAUAACCAUGCUCACAGAGACAGAAUCCGGCGUCCGCGCGUCCCACGUGCGCCUGUGCGACCUGGCGGGCAGCGAGCGCGCGCGCCGCACGCGCAACACCGGCGCGCGCAUGCAGGAGUCGCGCGCCAUCAACUCCUCGCUGCACGUGCUGGAGCGCUGUCUGCACACGCUCAGGAGGAAGCAGACGAGCAGGACAGACUUGGUUCCUUACAGGGAAUCGAAGCUAACCCGUCUCCUGGGCACGGGCCUGUCCGGCACCCGCGGCGAGGCGGUGAGCAUGGUGGUCACGCUCAACCCGGCGCCGGAAUACGCGCACGAGACCCGACACGUGCUGCAACUGGCUGCCGUCGCUAGGGACAUACAGGUGAACCACACGAUAGCGGAAUCUAUAUCGACAUUAGAGAACAGUUGUUCUACGAUUCAAGACACCACGAUCGCGAGCAGCGCUGAGGUCACCAGGCUCAGAGCAGAAAACGAGAGAUUACAUUAUGAACUGGUGCAAGCCGAGUCACUAAACCGGAAGUUAAUGGAGGAUAUGGCGGAACAGCAACAAGAAAAUGCUGUCACGGUUAAAGAGCUAGUAGAAGAAGCCAGGGAUAUCACUCAGCAGUACUACAAGUCGCAGCUUCGGAGCCUCGAAGAGCGACAUGAGACUGAGAUGGCGGAGUUACGAGAGGAAUGCGAAGCCAGGCUGGCUAAAAAUGUCGUCGCGGAAGAAGGGACGCCGUCGCGAGCUUUACAAAAUAAGGUUAUGCACCUUGUGAAGCAGAUAGCAAUAUUGGAGGAGGAAUUAAACGCAGAGCGGCUAGCGCGGGCGCGGAUGAAGGAAGAGAUGUUACAUCUGAGAACCUGCAUCGAGGAGAGAGACGAGAAAGGUUCAGAUGACCAAGACGACGCGAUACAGCUGACAGACAGUGAAGACGACAGCGACCAAGAGGACGAUCUUUGCAACGACAGCCUCGAACCUACUUUCAAAAAAGAAGAUAUCAACCGCUCAAGACUGAUACGUCAAAGCACACUCAAUAACACCAAAAACACUACCUUUGAUAGCUUAGACGGAACACACGACACGCUCAAAGACGAAAGUAUGGCAGACGCUACAUAUGACGUUAGUAAGAAGGACACUACUAUAACUGAAGCUGAUGAAACAUAUGAUGCAUCUAAUGAUACGUAUAACCAAUCCAUGGAUUGCCCUGCUACAGUAAAAAAGGCUGAAGUGAACAAAGCAGAAGAGACAAAAGAUAAUUCAAAAGUUGAAAAACACAGCGCUAGAGAUACUUAUUUUGUUAGUAAUUCUAGUGUAAGUUUAAAUGAAAAACAAAAUUCAGUUCAUGACUCAGGACACAUUGCUGAUAUAAGUGUUUCUUUACGAGACGACGAUGAUCUGAAAGAUUUUAGUACUGUUGAUGUAGUAAAACCAAGUAAGACUAUUUUAACUCAAAUCGAUCAUAUUAAGAAGUUUGCAAUUAGUACAGCGUCGACUAACAGCUCCCUUGCUCAAUUUGAACUGUUAGAAAUGGAAAUGAACGACAACUCUGCAUUCAAAUAUUUUAAUGAUGGAACUGCCAAGAAAUCAAUAAGCAUGAGCCCAGGAAAGAAGAUUAAGAAGCCUUAUUUUGACGACGAACAACCGACCCCAAAUCAAAUAUCCAAGGUAAAAGAUUUAAUGAAAAAACAGGAUGUUUUAAGGUCUCCAUCUAUAGUCCAGGAUGAAAUUCCUGAAAAUUAUAAACCUAGUACUAUCAACAAAAUUAUGCGCGAGAGUAUCACAGUAACUACUGAACUACCUGCUUUGUAUAAAAAUAAAAUAUUAAAGAAAAUGCAUGAUUCCAUAGAUCCGUUUGAAGGUGCCGAUUCGCCAUGCUCAAUUAAAGAAGUGCUGAAGAUUGUGGAGGAGGCACGAAAAUCAAUUGAAGCAAUUUCCCUAGAUAACAAAGAAAAAGUUUUAAAAUCUGAAAUUGUGAAGGAUUUGUUUGAAAUAAAAAUUAAAUCAGAGAUUGUGGAAAAGGAUGAUCAAUAUAAAAUUGAAUCAGAAAUUAAUGACGAUGAUGUUGAAACAGAACUUGGCAAUGAAAGUAAAAUUCAUGAUGCUGUAGCGAAUAAAGAAGAUAAUAACACAAAUGAAAAGGAUUCAGGUGCCCAGUCGACUGCAGGUGAAAUUAAAUCUACUGAAAAUACUGACAUGGAUGUAAAACAUGAUCUUUUAACCGAAGUUAAACAAGAGGAAACUGACACAGAAAAUGUUGAAAAAGAAACUGAAACUGAAACGAAAUCUGAAGAACUCCCAAAUGAGAUCAGUUCUCUAAACGACGUUACCAGUUCAAAUCAAACAAUAGCAUCGGAUAAUAACACGAUUGAUGCUUUUGAGAACAUUUACAAACAUAUAACUGUGCCAAGAGCAACAGAGUUCGAUCUAAUUUCUGAUAAAGCUUUGGAUACUACGAAUAUAAAUCAAAUUAUUACAAUGAAAGAAAUCUCAAUAAAAGCGAACGUAAACAAGGAAAUAACAAUUGAAACCCAUGAAACUAACACAGAAAAUGUUGAAAAAGAAACCGAAAAUGAACCCAAAUCUGAAGAACUACCACUCGACGACAAUAUAUUAUAUUAUAUUUCACUAAACGACAUUACCACUUCAAAUCAAAUAAUAGCAGCAGAUAAUAAUACUAUUGAUGCUUUUGAGAAUAUUUACAAAGAUAUAACAGUGCUAAGAGAAACUGAAUUUGAUCUUCUAAUUUCUGAUAAAUCUUUAAAUACUACGAAUGUAAAUCAGUCUAAUAAAAUCGAAGAAAUCUCGGAAAAAGCGAAUGUAAACAAGGACGUAACAAAUGAAAACCUUAAAAGGAAUGAUAAUAAUAAGGAAACAGUUCAAGACAAUGUAAUUGACAACAACAAUGAUAAAAUAAACCUAGAAAAUAAAGAAAUAGUUAAAGAUGUUAAUGACAACAAUAAUCAUGAACUUAAACAAGAAAAACCCGAAGAACCUGAAACAAAGAUUAAAUACAAUCUCCGCCACAAAACCCAAAACACCAGUAAGACAGAUAACGAUGAAACAAUUGAGCACCCAGAGAAAUGCGCCCCAAGGACUGCUAAGAAAUCCCUCCGAUUGAGAAGGAAGAAUAAAGAAAAUGAACCGGUUGACGAUGAAGUUAACUUAAAGGAUAUAGUGAACUUGCAGAAGGAGUUUUCGGAUGUGACUAUGGGCGUGCCGGCGCCGGUGAAGGUGGUGAAAGAGAUGCCGUCUCCGGAAAAAAGUGAGAGUGAGAAUCAGCUGCCACUGAUGGGAGUUCAGAGCUGUCCGUCUAAGAGUGUGACCCGCAGCCGCCGCAAACUUUUCACACCGCGAGCGGAGCCGGUGGAGGAGUCCCCGCCCGCCGGGGACAGCGCCGAGCGCGUCCGCGUGCCGCGCCCCAGCUACCACCGGCCCAGGACUCGUCGCCGACUUAACUGAUGACUUUACCUGUGC